GUAACUGCCGCCCGAUGUCUCGGAGAGCGCCGACAGAGCGGCUGUGGAGGGGACAGAGGGGCUGUAAAAGGGACAGAGCGGCUAUAAGGCGACGGCGCCGCGCGCUUCGCCGCGCUCACCUCACAGCCCCGCAUCCGCCGCCAGCGCGCACGCGCAUUCCUCCUCCCGCAGCAGCCUGCGGGCCCGUCCCGGUGCAUGCUGGGAGCUGUAGUUCUGCCCCCUCCGCGCCCGGAGCGACCGUCUGCGGGGCGAUGCGGGGCGGCGUGCCGCUGGUGUUGCUGCGGGGGCUUCUCGUCGUGGCUGCCGCGCGCUGCGCAGCGCCGAGGCCGCCCAGGCAUUCCUCCCGGCCCAACGUGGUGCUGGUGGCCUGCGACUCCUUCGAUGGACGUUUGACAUUUUAUCCUGGAAAUCAGACUGUGGAUUUGCCUUUCAUAAAUUUUAUGAAAAGACAUGGCUCUGUCUUUCUCAAUGCCUAUACCAACUCUCCAAUUUGUUGUCCUUCUCGUGCAGCAAUGUGGAGUGGUCUUUUCACACACUUAACUGAAUCAUGGAAUAACUUCAAAGGUCUAGAUCCUGAUUAUGUAACAUGGAUGGAUCUCAUGCAGAAGCAUGGCUACUACACACAGAAGUAUGGGAAACUGGAUUAUACUUCUGGACAUCAUUCAGUGAGUAACCGUGUGGAAGCCUGGACUAGAGAUGUUGAAUUCCUGCUCCGGCAAGAAGGAAGACCCAAGGUAAAUCUUACUGGUGACAGGAGGCAUGUGAGAGUGAUGGAAACUGAUUGGCAGGUUACUGACAAAGCAGUGACUUGGAUAAAGAAAGAAGCUGUUAACCUCACCCAACCGUUUGCUCUUUACUUGGGGCUAAAUUUGCCACAUCCGUAUCCAUCACCUUACGCAGGAGAAAAUUUUGGAUCCUCUACAUUUUUAACGUCUCCAUAUUGGCUUGAAAAGGUAAAAUAUGAAGCUAUUAAAAUUCCCACAUGGUCUUCACUUUCAGAGAUGCAUCCAGUAGACUAUUAUUCAUCAUACACCAAAAAUUGUACAGGAGAGUUUACAAAGCAAGAAGUGAGAAGCAUUAGAGCAUUUUAUUAUGCUAUGUGUGCAGAAACAGAUGCUAUGCUUGGUGAAGUUAUUUCAGCUCUGAAAGAUACUGAUCUUCUUGAAAAAACGGUCAUUAUGUUCACUUCAGAUCAUGGGGAACUUGCUAUGGAACACCGUCAGUUCUAUAAAAUGAGCAUGUAUGAAGGAAGUUCCCAUGUUCCUCUUCUAGUUAUGGGCCCAGGCAUAAAACAACAGCAGCAAGUACCAGAUGUGGUCUCUCUGGUGGAUAUAUAUCCUACUAUGCUUGAUCUAGCAAGAAUUCCUGUCCUGCAGAACCUCAGUGGAUAUUCUCUUUUACCCCUGCUGCUUGAAAAGGCGGAGGAUGAAGUGCCACUCAGAGAAGCUCGGCCCUCGUGGGUACUGAGUGAGUUCCAUGGCUGCAAUGUGAAUGCUUCCACAUACAUGCUUCGAAUUGAUCAAUGGAAGUAUAUCACGUACUUGGAUGGCGUUUCAGUGCCUCCACAACUGUUUGACCUUUCUGCUGAUCCAGAUGAGCUGACAAAUGUUGCCAUAAAAUUCCCAGAAACUGUACAAUCCUUGGACAAAAUACUUCGCUCAGUAGUGAACUAUCCAAGGGUUUCUUCAUCUGUUCAGAACUAUAACAAAAGGCAGUUUAUCAACUGGAAACAAAGUUUGGGCCAGAAUUACUCAAACGUUAUUGCCAACCUUAGAUGGCAUCAAGACUGGUUAAAGGAACCAAAAAAAUAUGAGAAUGCAAUUGAUAGGUGGCUCAAUAGCCAAAGGGAACAAAUGAACUAAAUAUAUUAAUAAAACAAAAAUGUCACAGAUAUAAUAUGACUGAGGGGAUGGAAACAUUCUGCAUUUGUAAUUUUCCGUUGUAUUUCAAUUGUUAGACUUAUUAUCUUAUGUAAGCUAUUUUAAGCAAAGAUUCCUGAAGAAUUACUGCAUUGUGCUAGUUUAUAUAACCAAGUGUAACAAAUCUAGAUUUUAUAUGAUAAAAUUCUGUAGCAUGUACGAAUAAAUAGAAAGAAUGUUAUGUAAGUUUUAAUUACAUCUAUGGUACAUGUAGCUACUUGCCAAAAUGCAGAGUAUUAAGUGUUAGAACUUAACAGGAAUUUGCAUUUUUAAUGACAUGUUAAAGCAAGAAUUAUGUUUUAUGGUGGGAUACCUGUUACACUGGAGUAUGCCAGAGCCAACUUUCCACCAAGGCAGACUGUCCAUAACAAAUACUUCCACUUUGGAGAUGAUGCAGGGGUUAGAAUUUCAUCAGAAAGAUAGCAUCUAGUGGUCUGAACAUUAAUGCACUUUAUUCAAUAUUUCAUCAUUCCAUUUUCAUUCAUUGAGUCUUCAUACUUGAAGAUAGGCCUUCUUUGGCUUUUGGAUCUGGACUUAUCAUGCAUCAUUCUCCAAAAUAAUUGCAUAAUACUACUCAGGCGCUUGUAGUAGUAUUAUGAAUCGCUCUGGUGACUCAAAGGCUAUGCAUUAAGUAUGUGUGCAAUAAAGAGAAAGUGGUCUUUGUUCACUGUUGGAAAUUAGAGGGGGAAAAAAAACAACAACCCAACAAUGACAGAAAUAAAUCUCUCAGACGAAACUUGUGAUUGGAGCAGUUUUCUGAAAAGUAAUAAUGAGAUUUUGCACAGCAUUAAGUUGAAAACUGAUUGAGUGGAUCUCCAUUGUGCAGUUAAAUUCUAAGAUUGGUAAAUGUUCUAAUAUGCAAAGCUUGAACAUAAAAUAUACACAGAGAAGAUGCAGUUGAAGCUUGUGAAAGAAAAAAAACAGAACUACUAUUUCUCAUUUGCCCAGGAAUGUGACUGAAUAAAUAAAUGAAUAAACACCAAAGCAGUUUUGGAAGAAGGUAAGAUUUAACUGGUAAGUUGACUUUUCCUAAGUGAAAAAUGCUUGUAGCAGCACGUACACUUGCUUAUUUUUGGACACUGUUGGUGCUGUUACAGUAGAAAUUCAGCAUGACAUUAUAACUCAUGCCUGAAUGCUGCUCUGAAUUUUAAUGAAGUGCUCAGCAAUAAUGGUAAGCUGGAAAAAUACAAACAUGAAAAAUACAUGUGUCUUCCGAUAGCUAAGCACCCUACCUGCACUUUGUAAACAACUUACCACGCUAUAAUUACCUGCAUAUAUUCAUGAAUAUAUUACCUUUUUAAUUGUUAUUGUUCAUAGAACAUUAAGGAUAAUCUUACACUACUUACUGGUUUGGCAUGCCAUUGUCCUUUUUGCUAAGAUGAGUUCAGGUCAUGAUGAAAUCAUUUCAACAAAAAAUACAACAAUGUAAUAUGAGUUGGCUGCAUAAAUAAAAGGGGGGAGAAGUCCAUAUGAAGGGAAAGUUUCAACAGGGAAAGUAAUAAAUUAAUAUCUUUACAGAAUUCUGGGCAGGCCAGAACUCACUGUAGAGAAUACAGCAAAAUAAAAUUUUGGUGA